GACGACAGCUUUCCCUCCCGCCCAACACCGUCGCCCUUCCUACCAGAGACAAUGCUUCGUCCCAGACUAAGGGUCCCUCGCCUGGCCUUUGGCCUCGGCAUGCGACCCAUGGUCAAUGUCCGCCGUUCGAUCCAUUCUGUUCCCGAGCUGCCACACGAUUAUUCCCAGGGUGUGCCCAACCUUAUGAGCUCUGGAGGUUUCUCUCUCGCCUGGACCCAGUACAUGACCCUCAUGGUGGAGAAGCUGAAUGCUUUGACUGUCGGCACCGAGCUCGAGGAUAAAGACACAAAGACCAUUGCUCUCAUGACAGCCCGAGAGCCCAACCAGGCCCCCAUCUUCAACUAUGCCUCCAUGGCGCACAACAACCACUUCUUCUUCCAGGGUAUCUCCCCCACCGGCACCCCCAUGCCCGAUGCUCUCCGUAGCGAACUCGAGGCUUCGUUUUCCUCCAUCGAGACCCUCCGCCGAGAAUUCGUCAUCACAGCCUCCGCCAUGUUUGGUCCUGGUUUCCUCUGGCUUGUCAAGGCCGGGCCUGGCGACUACCGUCUUCUGCCCACCUACCUCGCCGGUUCUCCCUACCCCGGCGCUCACUGGCGUGCCCAAAGCACUGACAUGAACACCUUGGGCAAGGAUGGCUCCGCUCGUAACUUCAUACACAACCAGGCCUACGGCGCUAGCAAGCGAUCCGACAACCUCCCCCCUGGAGGUAUCGAGCUUGAGCCCCUUCUGUGCCUAAACACAUGGGAGCACGCCUGGUUGCUGGACUGGGGUGUCGGUGCCGGUGGCCAAGGUGGAAAGGUUGCCUUUGCAGAGUCAUGGUGGGAGCUUAUUGACUGGGAGAAGGUUGCUCAAAAGUCAGGAGUGCUACGACCUGACUUCAAGUCGGCGUAAGCGUUGAGGGAAUCUUGUGUCAUGACCUGUGUAGACAGGUUGUACAGUUAGGGAAACGAUGUUACGGCAUUAGGAUAGAGACAAAGAGGCGGAGGGCGAGCGAAUUUUGUAAGAUAUUGUACUCUGCAUAUACAGGUGGGGAAAAUAUACCAUUUGAUGUCAGU